AUUAUUGCAUUAAUAUUUAAAUUAUUUAGUACUAUGCCACAUAACGAUUAUUAAAGCAUACCACAAUCGUAAUAAUGUUCUUUUUUGUGUUUCAGAAGCUCAACAAAAGACAAAACAGUAAUAUCGCGUAAAUUUAAAGAAUUCAUAACGGGUAUAAAUAGGGCGACGCCUUGCGGCAGUACCUAAUAUCAUUAUGUAUACUAUCCACGAAUGUUCUCAUGACAAUACCAACCGAUAAAACGACAAGAUUACCAAUUAAUGAAUAUAACUCUUACUAUAACAACAAAGUGUGUACUGAGGACAUAUUUUGAAUUCACAUUAAUUUAGACCCAACUAACCGCAUCAACGGCACCCAGUCAAGCGCAACCACACGCGCCAAGAGUGUGCAGAGUGUCCGAUGCAAAGCAGAUUGUUGGCAAAAGCAAUUGCAAACUAAUAACUACUUAGAUACAUAUGUAUGUAUGUACACACAUAAGUACAUACAUUUGUGACAUUCAUAUAAAAUAAGUGCGGAAAAAUAACAAUAAUACAAUAAUACAUAUUUACAAAGUUUAACAUAUAAAAAUAUUGAGUAAAGCUACAAAGAAAUUUUUAAAUGAUGCACACGAAAUGUGUAAAGUAAAAACCAAGUUAUUAUCCCAAAUAGCCCAAUUUUAUGUGUAUGUACCAUUAGCGCCGCGAAGCUGAAGCCAGCUGGAAUAACAGAAUAUACCGUAGCCACCAUCGGCUGCUCUAGGCAACCAAAACAAGCUAGAAACAUUUAAUUAAUUUUUUUUUACCUAACAGUAGCAUAAAUGCAAAAUAUGGAAAAUACGCAUACUGGAUCCAUGAAGCAGUAAAUAAACAAAUACAAAGAGCAAAACGCUAUAAUCUACAAUUAAAAAAACUCUGCGCGUUUUCUGAACGUAAGUGUACAGUACCAAUAUUUACAUAAAGUCGCGUAUAUACCGAGACACACACAUGCUUAGUUGUAUUGGUUAGCGUGCGUUUGGGGUCGUAUUUGACGCUACGCUUCCCACAGCUGAGCAAUAACGGUAUAUUAAGCAUCCUUGGUCUUAAUUUUUGAACGCCAGCCAACAUGGGUAGCUUACCGAAUUUGCACGAGUUGGAGGAAAUAGAGCGCCGACGUGAAAAACGCCGUGAACGUGAGCAACGUGAGCAAUUGCGAGAGCAACGAGCACGUGAUUCAAGUCGUGAGCGUGAGCGAAUGGCGUUAUUUGCACAGCGCAAGCAAAAUUCCUACAAUGCCUAUCUAAUGGCUGGUUUGGGAAUGGGUGGUGGCACACUUGGUAUGGCUGCAGCCGUCGGAGCUUCCCACAUAACAGGCACAGCCGCAGCAACUGGUGUUCUCGGCGUUAGCGCCAAUACCCCAGCCACGACGGCUACGACUACUUUGAGUGGGUUUGCUGUAGGCGGCGCAGCACUGCUCGGCUUAGGCACGCCGGCAUUACUAACGAAACACCAUCAUCAACACCAUCAACAUCAUCGACAUUCGCUGACAACACGACAUCGAGUGUUGCGCACAAGAAGUUCGGGAGCGACACACAAUAUUUGGGAUGAACAAUUUUUGGAGCACCUUGCUGCAUACUCACCAAUUUCCACACGUUCACAUCGUAUCAAUCCGGUCUCUUCAUAUCAGGUGCAAGCCGCAUUGGCCGCCUCUCGUCGACGUGAGUCUAUCAACAGUUCCAUUGGUGCUGCAUCGAUACGACGCCUUAUUACGCUUAAUAACCGCAACUGCCGCCAUAAGAUACCGCCACACGUGCGACAUAAGGUGUGUCAGAGCUUCAUCUGCAUAGCGGUGGCACACGGUUUAAUUUGCGGUGUAUUAUUGCCGCUAUUCGCGCUACAAGGUUCCAACUCCGUGUGGCAUCAACGCGAACAGUGGUUACAUGUGGGACCCAACAUCGGCUCACUUCUAUUAAGCGGUUGCUUUUUGAUCUCCGCCAUUAUGUGCCUAUUUACCAAACGCCUUAUACAGAAAUUUGGUCAUACAACAGUGAUUGGCGCCAGUUACGUAGCGGCGAGUAUCUUUCUCCUAUGUCAUCUUUUUCCCUCCAUCUUUACGCUACUGCCGGCAUAUAUACUGCUCGGUGUCACAUACAGCCCUUCAUGGAUUAGCAAAAUAGCAUUGGUGGUGCACUUUGGUAGCAAGUUGAGCUGUUCCCAGCAUGAGUGCAUGCUGAGUUCGUCGCAUAAUACGGAUGUGAUGGAUGAGCAUAAACUCUUCUGUAACCGCGAUCAAAAGGUGCGCCGUUUGGCGCGCUGGUUUCAGGUGGCACAAGAUCUGGGUAUCAUACUGGGCACACUAUUGGCAUCAUUCACUUUGGCUUGUAGUUCUAGCGAUUGGAAUUGCUUCGAUAGUAGCGAAACAGUGGCAAUGGAGACACAAGCAACUUUACUGCCCAGUGAAAAUCUGACAGAAAAUAUGGUGAAGGCAGUGGCACUGCGUUCACAUUCUUACAGUAUGACUGGUUUUUUACCCAAUAUACCGGGGUAUUUCGAUGAUUUUUACUAUCACAAUGAGCAUGGUGAAAGAAUUUGUGGUGCCGAUAUGUGCCCCGUUUGGCAUCAAGAUAACACAUUUGACGAUACGAGCAACGGUACCAACGAAACGAUUUACACGCAAUUCAUUAAUGAGAGAUCGACUGGCGGCGGUAUUACGUUGAUAAGCACCUAUUUCUUAUUCACAUUAGCUGCGGCGGCUUUAUCCUUCUUUGGUGGGCGCAUUCAAUGCACAUUCCGUCGCGAGGUGCAUAUAAAAGGCGUAACGGACACGAUAUUGUUCGCCGGACCGAUGGCGUAUUUCGUGGGAACUGAACAGGCCUAUAUGUUGGGCGACUUUCUGCGGGCAUUCGUCUCUUGCUCCUUGGGUAUUAGCAUGGUGGCUGGUGCUUUAGUCGGCAUGGGUCUUAUGCAAUGCAUAGUUUCCUGCACAUUAAGCAUGCUACUACGUCACACCAAACGAAUCGUGGUCAUCUUGGCCGGUUUCUUCUUCCAAUCAUGUCUACUACUUGCUUUAUCCAGCUGGAAGCCAUCGAGCGAUGACAUGGCACUUUUCUAUGUGCUGGCUGCCUCAUGGGGCGCAUGUAACGGUAUGUGGGAAACGCUUUUAAUGGCCUUAAUCACGCUGAAUCACGCCAACCACGUUACGGAUGUCACCAGUCCUUUGCAGGGACUACGUUUUCUCGGCCUAGGUAUCACGUUCGCAGCGCAUGGUUUGAUGUGUGAAACGCCGAAGAUUAUCACCAUGGUUAUAAUGCUAGUGUUGAGCUUGCCGGCGUAUACAAUGCUAGAAAUAAGACUAGAGGCGCAACGUAAAUCGCAAUUGAUCAAUUUAUGACGUAGCGUCUUUAGUUAGUCAAAAAGGCAAGACGCCAUGGCACGAACUCAUACAAUGUAAUCGAGUUCGGAAACAUGUCAUGGGGGUCAAUGGAUGUAUAGCAAAAGUUAAACAGUAUUAUUUUUAAACCUGCAAAAGGUAAAUAAACAAAUAUUUUAUACAAGUUAUAUGCAGCACACGGAGUUUUGAGGUUAUCGAGAUAGCCUAUACCGUUCGAAAUAUUAAAGUUAGAGUAAUUAAUAGUUAACUACAUAUGUAUGUAUAUCUAGGUACAUUGUAUUUGGUUAAGACUCCGUCAGAAAAAAAACGCUCAGCAAACGGUCUUCCAUCUCAGCUCCCAUUAUCAUUAUCGCAAUAUCUCAAGAACUAUUAAAAUCUCCAUAAAUGUUUUCAAAUGCAAGGUGAACUUAUAAGGAAUUCAUAUUUGCUUAGUAGACUUAAUUUUUUUUUCAUAAAUUGAGAGACCAUUUGCAAAUCGAUUUUCUUCUAACGUAGUCUUACGCACAUGAAUUGUAGAUAGGUAACCCCUAAUAUAAGUCAUAAGCAUAUUUGUAUCUGCCGUUUUAUUAUGAAACAUGGCAACUCUUACUCGAAGAUCAAGUUUGUAAGCCUGACUGUGUUGUUUGAUUCGCCGAAUAAUCAGACAAUUGUUUUUUAUUCGUCAGAUAGUAUGUGUUAGCACAUACCAUUUAUAUAUAAAUUUACAUACAUACAUACUACACACGCACAUAUACACUACAUACAUAUGAUAUUGUAUAAUGUAUGAAUAUUUACAUUUUUAUAUUGGCUAAUUAAAUCGGACGUUAACAAACGUUUGCACAAAAAUUAAAAAUAAUAAAUGACAACAUCAAAAAAGUACACUGAAAAAAUAAUUAUUAAACAAAAUAAAAAUAACAAUAUAAAUUCUACUGGACAACACUAAUUUGGUGAUUUUUAUGCUUAAAGCAACACAUCUAGUAUAUCAAGAGCGUAUUAUAUUUCAAAGAACUUCUUACUUUUGAAAGUAUCUUCAUCAGAUAGUCAAAAGUAUCAGAAGUCUAAAAAGUUUUGUUUUUGAAAUAAAGGGGAAAUACUCGUUCCCCUGGGCAAUUUGUCGCUAGGAGUAGGUGUGGACAGAUUAUAAUUUUUUUUUAUAUUAAAGAUAAGCCUACUCAAGAAAAUAUUUCAAUCCAAUUAAUUUAAGGCGUUUUACGCAUUGACCCCGAAAAUAUAUAGUCCGAUUUCGACCAUCUUAAGGGGGUAUUCUAGUCUAGAAAUUAAAAAAAAAAUUAUUUUUUUUUUUCAAAGGGUAACUAUUCCAGAAUAUGUGUACAAGAGGAUUUUUCAAAAUUCAAAUUAUUUUCGGAGAUAUAGGCAUUUUUCUGACCCGGCAUCCAAACUGGUUCGGCCAGAACGCGAAACUUUAAACCCGAUUUUCUCAAAACCGACUUUUUCAGAACGAUACCCACGAUUUCUCAGGUUCUACUGGACCGAUUUACUUGAAUUUCUUAUAGAAUCUUCUUUAUAGGCUUGUCUAUUGUCCCCAAAUUUUUAUUUUUAUUAUUAAAAAAAAAAAAUUGAAAUAGUCAGAAAAAGUGAUCCAAAAAAAAGUUUUUUUUAGGCAGUCGCCAUUUUGGGAAAUUUUUUUUCCCACUUUUCCGUAGUUCCGGCCAUUGCGACAUUAUUCAAGAUUAAUAAUCUUUUUUUCUUUUUGGUUUCAGAUACCUAGGAGGGUUGAAAUCAUGGGUAUGGUCAUGUGGAAAUUUUUAGAGACCCCCCCCCCCCCUUCGUCAGCUCAUAACUUUUGAAAUUUUUUACUUCUUUUAAUUUUUUCUCUACUCUUCUAAAAUUAACAAAUAACUAAUAAAAAAAAUGGAUAGUAAAAAUGUUAAUUGCCUUUUUUUACGACACUUUAAAAAUUACUUGAAAUUCAUGCUUCUAGACUAGAAUACCCCCUUAAGGUAAGAGGUUCAACAUCUUUGAACUCUUAUAUUCGCUUUGGUAUAUUCAAAUAUUUCCAUUGAUAUCCUCGUCACAGUGCUAAAAACUACAUGAACCACGAUCUUUUCAGAUUUUUUAAUUUUUUCUCGAAGUUAUCGCUUGCAUAGUUAGACAGACAGAUAGACAUUCAGAGAAUGAUUCGGAAAACGAAAAAUCCGUGGAAAUGCUUGUGCAUAACCUUAAGACAAAGAGUUUUGUUUUUUUAAGAUUUUUCAGUUACUUUUUACUACGGUACUUUUCACCCCAUUGGUAGUUAUCCAUAAAAUCCAGCUCUCAAGUAAAUGCUCAAAAAAAAAAUCCUUAUUUCUGGAGCUGUAGUCAAGUAAUUUUGACAGCAGGUUACCGCAUUGUGAAUGAUGCACAUUAGAAAAGCAAGAGAAAAUAAACAAAGAAAAUAUACUUAUGUGCGUAAGUAUACAAAUAUUUUCAUUGCGACUUAAGGAAUGUGGUUGAUGAUUGGUAAGUUUUAUACAACAUUUCAAAAUGAACUAUAGCUCAUAACAAUGAUUUUAACUAAUUUACGAUUAAUUUAACGAUUACUUUGAAUUUCCUUCAAAAACAAUUGUUGAUUUCAUGUUUCUUCGCAAAACCAGCGUAUCCAUAUUCGCAUUUUAUUGAGAAAAUGUAUUAAAAAUUAGUACUAGAUGUCUUCAGAGCAUACUAGCACUAGAAAAUUUACCGCAGGAAAAUUUAUUGACCAUUCCUUAACCGUUUUUUAUAUGAAGUUUUUACACUUCUUGAGAACUGGAAACUACCCUUUAGGAUAAACACCUAAGUUCUGAACUUAUGAAGAUAAGUUCCCGAAAAUGUCAGCCUUCUAACAUAGACACCUAAUAGGCAUGCUGUCAAUUAAAACGCUAUAUACCAAAAUCUUUUAAAUCAUUAUUAAUUUGGCAUGAUAACAACGACAUAUCUAUGUUGAGAUUAACUAAACAAUCGUAAAAAAAACGUUAUAAAAAUAAUAUAUUAAACAAAAUGGAAUAAUUAAGAUUAUAUAAAUUGUAGGAGCUAUGGUAGCUUUACUGUAAUUAAUGUAUUUAACAUAAAAACCAAUACUAAGAUAUCUCAAAGUUGCACUAAGAUGUUAUUAAAAAAUUAAAAUUAUGAACUAAAUAUUAUAAAUGUCAUAAAAUGUUCAAUAAAAAAAAUAACUAAAUGGAUCCAGUAAAUUAAAGCACAUCCAACCGAAGAAAUAAUUAAUAAUUUUAAAAUAAUAGUAUAAAACUCAUUCGAUUACAUGACAUUAGGUAAUUAAACAAUUAUUUCUAUAAGCAUUUUUUAAUAACAUGUUUACACGCAAUGAUUUUAGGCAUUCUGUAUUAUUUACUGAGACACAUACAUAUGUACUCAGCACUCAUACAUAUGUAUAUGUAUUUGCGUCUAUUCCACAUUAUAAAUUUUUUCCAUAUCUUCCUCAAACGUUAUUCCAUUUAGAUAAUCCACAAUGAAAUGGAAAUAUUGUUCAACUUGAAAGUUUAUAAUUAUUAAGAAGGGAUAAAAACCCUUUCCCUAAUAUAUAACAGAUCAGUUGAAAAGUCCGGUCUGGCACAUAGAUGGCGCUACUAAAAUUAAAUCCUUAUGAUUUUUAGUUAGCCCUAACCUUCAAUAGGCGCAUUGACAGCUAUCGGAUCUUUAGUUUGUGAAUUAUAAAUCAUAACUAUUUUGAGUGAAGCAGCUUUUGUUAGCAUAAAAAAUGGAAAAAUGGAAUUUAGCGUGUUGAUAAAAUAUUGCUUUUUGAAGAGAAAAAAUACAGUUGAAGCAAAAACUUGGCUUGAUGUCGAAUUACCGAACACUGCCCGAGGAAAAACAACUUAUUGAUUGGUAUACUAAGUUUAGACGUGAUGAAAUAAGCACCAAAGACAGUGAACACAGUGGACUCUCAAAAGAGGUUGUUACCGAUGAAAACAUCAAAAAAGUCCCGAAAAUAAAUUUGGAUGAUCGUGAAGUAAAGUUGUUCAAGAUAGCAAGCACU